CCUUGGACGCAGGGGAGGAUGUGGCAUGUGGCUGAGUGGGUCUUGAGCAAACAAAUACUUCUGCAGAAGUGCUUGCUUGACCUGGGUGCCUAUGUACUUAAUGCAGGAUGGGCUUCUGGCUGGAUUUGUGGCACUGCUGUGUUCAGCACUCUGCAGACUAGUACAGGGUUGGAACAACCUUGAAAUCAGCUCUAGUCUCCCCCAAAGCGGACGAGCCGGGCUGUUCCUUGAUCCAACAUGUGCGGCAUUGCGCUGUGCCGCUUUGUGCGUCCGUGGAACAGCCCUGCUUGUGGGGGGGUUAUUUGCCCGUGUGGGGGGGUUAUAUCGCACGGUGUGGGUCGUGCCACUCCCUAGAUCUUGCCUGUGUGCAGAAUCCACUUUCCCAAGGUCGUCCUGUGCAGUGACGUGAUGUUUUGCAGCCCGGCUGAUGGCUCACGCUGCUGCCCAAAGGAGCUUGUGGGGCGGAAAAAGGACACUGAGGGGAGCUGUAGCUUCUGGAGGGAGCAAAGGCAUUUGGGUGAAUGCUCUAUUUUAAUGAAGACCGUUCAUUUAAAGAGUUGAAACACAUGUUUUGGGUGGGAUGCUUGUGUAUGCUUGCCUGUUCCACCUCUACCACUUUUUCCUCCCCCACUGCAGGCUUCUUUGAGCUGGUGUGCGGAGAUCUUGCACGGCUUUGCGUUUGAUUGAUACGCACCAAGACACGUCCUGAAUCUCUUGCUUAGCAAAAGAUGCUACAGCAUCAUUCUGAAUCCAGGACCACAACACAGUUGUGUUCAUGGGGUGGCUCAGCUCAUGGUCCAAGAGAUGGGGAGCGUAUCGUGUGUUGAAGUAGAAAGAACCCCGAGCUGAACAAUUCCAAACUCCUGGGGGAGUUUGAAGCUGAAUUUUCCACAUGGCAGCAUUGUUUUUAGCUGAAAGUGGAAAAAAAACCUAAAAGCCAACCAUGCAGAAUGCCCAGCUGUGUUAGUUAGGGGUAAGGAAAAGGGAAAAGCAAAGGAUUUACUGUUCUAAUAAGGCAGCAACUCUCCUCAUUCAUCUCUGAUCAGAACCCUUCUGUGUUUCCAGUUGGCAACUUUGUCAAGAGUUGGAGUUAAAAGCCAGUUUCCCAGCUCGCCAGCUGCGUCAUGUCAUAAAAGGCAAUGCAGAUAAUAGCGUAUGCAACUCAUCGUGUAGCCCAAAUUUAGGGUGAAUGCAAAAUGCUAAGUCCCUGUGUUAAUUAAGAAACCUGCAUGGGUCGUGUGGCUUAGACUGUUGAUUUACAAACGACAUUUCUUUUUCACUCAUGACUGUGUUAAAGAGUCUUAGUGAAUUAGAUGUUUUUCAGGACGGCUGCUCUGCAAGAAAACAAAAGAUAACAAGGUUUAGCAGCUCUGGGAGCAGGGGGGCAGCAGGGAAGUACAGCCGCUUCUGCGGGGUGAACAGGCAGUUGUUUUGAGGCGAGCAGUGAUACAAAAUGGUUCAAGACUGGGAAUCACCAUGUCCAAAAACGAGAAACCAGAGAUGAUCUGUAUGUUAUCACACAGUAAUUACCCAAGCAGAUAUUUGGUUAAAGAAAAAGAUGAAACCCCGUGCUUAGAGCCGGUGGGAAAUUCCCGUGGGUCCUUAAAAUUCACCAUUAGCCAGCUCAUUAAUUUUUUUUUGCUUCCUCCAAAAUGCCCCCUUUGCCCUGCCGCUGCUCAUCUCCUCCAGGAGCAGGUCUAGCUUCAAUGCCGACUUUAAAGAGCGCAGCUGCGUCUCUCAUCCUUGCGAGUUCCCCGUGGGGCUCUCCUAUUCUGGUCACGUCCGACCUCACUUUCCUCGCACGUAAUGCCACCUUCUUCUCGUUAACAAACCUCCCGGCGCUUCACAGAAACCAUCAGCCCUUCCUGGCCCUCUGGAUGGGGAAUGAGGAGGUUUGGUAAAGCAAAGUGACUUUCCGGAGGUUGCGCCGCAGCCCUCUGUCCCUUCGGAGGAUGUUCAUGUCACAAUGCUAGAGCGGGAUCUCAGGGAAGGGAGUGUUUCUUCACCCCAGCUCCGAUGGAUUUUCCGCCCGUGUUCUGGGAUCUCAUUCGUUCCCACGCUCACACCCACAACUACCAUGGGUGCUUUUUCAGCUGGCAAGGGGGUUGUGUAACUGGGAUAAGAGGCACAGCUGAGUCGCCGUCAUCUCUGUUUGUCUUGUAACCCUGCUGGCUUGUAAUGACUGAAUCUCAUCUCGGCAGUGUUUUAUUUCACUAUGAGUUGCCCUUGGCUAUUAUCUGAUUGCAGCACUAGCAGGAAGAGGGCUGGCACACAGGAUACACCGCAUCCUUCCAACGGCAGAGCGAAGUCUUCUAUCGACGAGCUGCUCCUGCCGCCUCUAUCCAAGCACGGCUCUAUGGCCUCGACACAUCCCUUUAUUUGAGCAGCUGGGAGCGGCAUCCUUUGUUAUCGCUCUCUGCGCCCUUGGUCUGCUGUUCCAUCUUACACAUACCUAUUUUUAUUCUUAUUUCAGUAAUUUCAACCUUAAUAUUCCUCUAAUGACGCUCUGUGAUAAGUUGACUGCGAGGCUUGGGUCAGCCGCAGCUUGAGAAAAACCAUCAGGCUCCCACCUUUCCUUUACAGGAGAAAGGGAAGAAAAAAAGGAGGAUCGCAGCCCCAGCAAAAGUGCAGCUAUUGGCUGUCCCGGCUCUUUUGUACAGGGAGCGAUGCAGCUGUCAGGCUCACAAGCUCGGGAUCCGUGCUCGCUGCAGAAAUAGAAAUGGGCAGGAGGUGGCCGGUCGCCCUGCUGGUGGCCCUGUGGCUGGGCCAGCUGGGCGCAGGGGCGGCGGGGCGCUCCAAGGUGAACCCCCGGAUCAUCGCGGCUCCCCAAGGUGCGAAAGAAUAUGUGUUUCCCAGGAGCGAGAAGUACCCUGUGUUCUAUCAUCAGGAAAACAGCUCAGCCAUCUACAUUGGGGGAGAGGGCAAGCUUUAUUACCAUGACUUUGCAACUGAUGAGAACUACACGGAAGACUUCCCAGUGAAAAAUGAAGGACAGUGCAUGAUGCCUGGGAGUUCGGAGGACAAUAAAAAUUACCUCACGUUAGUGGAAAAGUACGGAGACGGGAUGUUAGUGUGUGGGACUGGCGCCUGCGCUCCCACCUGCUGGAACUUGACACAGAGGAGGGAGAGGACCGCAUGGGAUGGGAGAGGUAUUGCUCCUUUCACCCCCGACUCGAAUACCCUUGUUGUUGUUGAUGGUCAUGACAUCUACUCCACCAUCAAGAAGAGCCAGCAGAACGGCAAGAUACCCCGUUUCCGACGAGUGAGAGGGGGCGGAGAGCUCUACACAAGUGACACGGUGAUGCAGAAUCCUCAGUUUGUCAAAGCCACCACAUUAAGGCAUGAGGAGCCUCACCAGGACAAGAUUUACUACUUCUUUCGUGAAGACAACCCAGACAAGAGUCCUGAGGCCCCCAGAAACAUCUCCCGAGUGGCCCAGCUGUGUAAGGAAGACAAAGGUGGAACCAGUUCGCUCUCUGCCUCCAAGUGGACCACCUUCCUCAAGGCCACCUUGAUUUGUGUCGACCCAGUCACCAAGGGCAACUUCAACUGGUUGCAAGACGUCGUCUUUGUCCCUGCCAGUAACUGGCGACACUCCAAAGUCUAUGGGCUCUUCACAAACACCUGGGGAAGCUCUGCCGUCUGCGUCUAUUCCUUUGGGGACAUUGACACCGUGUUCCGGACAUCCAAACUCAAAGGCUAUAAUGGUCCCAACCCAGAGAUCAAGCCUGGGCAGUGUGUCUCCUCCGGCCAGCACACCCCCAGUGAGACCUUCAAGAUAGCCGACAGCCACCCGGAGGUGGAGGAGCGGGUGGAGCCCCUCUCCCCCACCAAGAGCCCUCUGUUCCACAACAAGCACCGCUACCAGAAGAUUGGGGUGCACGAGGUCUCUGCGGGUGACGGACGCCGCUACAACGUGCUUUAUCUGGCGACAGACAAAGGAUCCAUCCACAAGAUUGUGGAGCUGCCCGACAGGGUGCAGAACAUCAUGGAGCUCCAGGUCUUCCCAAAGAAGGACCCCAUCCAGUCCAUGAUCCUGGACCACAAGAGGGCGAAGCUGUACGUCGGCUCGAUGACGAAAGUGGUGGAGAUUCCCAUGGACAUGUGCAGGGUGUAUCGCAACAACUGUGAGAGCUGCCUGCUGGCCCGGGACCCGUACUGCGGGUGGCUCAACGGGACCUGCCAGUCCGUUUAUCUCAGCCAGGAGGUGCAUCAGAACCUGAACCUGGACCCGUGGCAAGGAAAGUGCCAAAAAGGGGAUAUUAAGGAAGAUGACUACCAGAACAUCACAGUUGUCCCUUUCUCCCGCUACUACCUCAACUGUCCCAUCGAGUCCCACUACGCCACGUACAACUGGUACCACAACAACAACCUUAUCAAGACCUGCAACACCACCCACCCGCAGCAGGACUGCUUGCACUUCAUCCAGAACGUCAGCCACCUUCACUACGGCCACUACAUCUGCAUCUCGGAAGAGGACGGCUUCAGGCAGGCCCUGGUGAAGGAACGCCUGGUCAACCAGCUCAGGUUCAUGUCCCAGAAGGGCCAAGCCACCAUGACGUUUGGCUCUUGGCUGCAGCUGCUUCUGAUGGUGAUGUUGGUGGAACUCUUCCACUGAAUGCACCAGGACUUGGGUUCCCCCAUUCUGGCCGCCGCUGCUGCUCUUCCUGCACUUGCUGUCCACUCCUGAGGCGAGACCCUCGUUCUUUUAGUCCUUGGACAUUAAUUAGUGACUGUCCCGAAAGGGGGUCCUGGGCAGCAACCCCUCCAUCUUUGGCCUUGGUGGAAGGAUCGUGGCGAGGAAGAAGAGACUGCAGGGCCAGACGGAGCCGGGUUUGGGGACAGGGAGGGAAGGGGAACCCGAACACGUGUGGGGACGUUCACAGCACCCAGCAGCGUGAAGGGUUCUCCUAUUGACGUGCAUGCACUGAUCCUCAGGGCACCGGGACUCCUCACCUCAGGAACGUGCAUGUGAUGAGGAGGAGGAGCCAGCCCUCGGCCUCGUGAACUGCGUGAUCUGCGCUUCGCUCCGAGCGGGGACUGAUGCCUCUGAGUUUUUAUGGACUAAUGUCUUGUUUGGGUUGGCUAGCAACUGGGACACUCCCAGUGUCACAUGUGAGUCCCCUUCUGGGCUGGAGAAUUUGGCUCUGGAAGGGUUUUAGGGUUUGGUUUAUGUUUUGUUUUGGUUUUGUGGGGUUUUGUUACAGCUGGCUUUGACAUGGGAGGGAGAUCAGGAACCUGCAAGGCGAGGGCAGGCACAAAGUUAGCGUUUUGCAUGGAAAAGCCUUGGAGGAUGACUAGAUUUGGGGUGUGAGGAAGGACAGACGGAAGGGGACGAGAAGGGAAGGUGAAAGCUGAGCCCAAACCAAAUCCGGGGAGGCCCUGGGAUGAAGUUUUAAGCGCACAAAUCCUCUGCAGGCAGCUAAGGGCAUUUAUCUGCUCCUCCGGGAGAGGGGACCGGGCUUCCUCAGGGAACCAGGCGUCAGGCUGCGAUCUCAGGGCGAUGCCCAGGGGCUCGGGGACGCUGUGGCUGUCCCCAGCGCCCGGAGCAGCUCUGCCUCUGUCCCUUGCAGUCAGGGGGGACCAGGGGUUCGCUUCCCUUGGGCUUUUGAGGUCUCCGAGCAGGACUAAACUGUGAAAAACGGGAUUCUCUCGCGUGCGAGGGGCUGUCCCGCACCUUGUCCAAACCUUUCCCAGCUCUCUCGACCACAGGCACCCCCCAACCUCGGGCCAGAUCACAGAGGGGGUGUCAUAUCUUAUGCUUCCAAUAACCCGCUCCUGCUUCGUGCCUGCGCAGACACUCAGGAGUGCCCAAGGGGGCCUUUUUUUGGCAAGAGGGGAGAGGUGCCAUGUGCCUCUCGUGACCACAGGCAAUGGACGACAGGCCAGAGCUUCCUACUGCACUACAUUUCCAAGAUCCCCCUCUGAAUCUAGGAUAUAGAGCUUCUUACAUCCCUUCUCAAAGCACUUUAACUUUGUGGACUAACAAAUACCUAUUUAUUAUCACCUGGUGAUUACUGCUAUAAUUUUAUAAUAUGAUAGAAAGUGGGUUCAGAUUGAAGAGGAAAAAAAAAAAUAACAACGCAACAGCUACCAAAAAAACCUUUCAGAGCUGUGACCAAAGUGAGAAUGUGAUCAUGGAAAUAAAAGAAUGACGAAGAGG